CGUAUACUCUCCAGGAUACCGAGGGUCACAAUUAGCCCCGCCCAUAUGGCUUUAAAAGGAGAGCCCCAUUAUGUUGCACCUGGUGAUGUAAUCACUGCUAACCUUGGAUUUAUGAGAGGGCAUGGAACGUAUGAGUCUGAUGGUAAACUUUUAGCGUCAGUUGCUGGCGUCGUCGAGAGGGUUAAUCGGUUAUUGUGUGUCCACCCACUCAAAUCAAAGUAUAAUGGUGAAAUUGGAGACGUCGUGGUUGGACGAAUCAUUGAGGUACAGCAGAAAAGGUGGAAAGUUGAAACUAGCUCUAGACUAGACUCCGUUUUAAAUCUGUCUUCCAUCAAUCUCCCUGGAGGAGUACUGCGUCGUCGGUCUGCUGAAGAUGAAGUAAUGAUACGAGACUAUUUGAAAGAAGGAGACCUGAUUAGUGCUGAAGUACAGCAGGUAAACUCUGAUGGUUCACUAUCUCUUCACACAAGGAGCUUGAAAUAUGGCAAACUAACUGAAGGCACACUUGUUACUGUCUCCCCUUCGCUUGUCAAGAGGUGCAAGAAUCAUUUUCAUAAUCUGUUAUGUGGCGCUAGUCUCAUACUAGGCAACAAUGGCUACAUAUGGAUCAGUCCUAUUAUACUGGAUGAUCAUCAACAAGAACAAAUGAGAUUCCAAUUACCAUCAACUCCUGGAUCAAGCUCUGUCAAGACUGUCACUCAUGUGGCUACAAUAGAAGAGAGAGAGACUAUUGCAAGAUUACGUAAUUGCAUACUAGCAUUAGCCCAGUCCAGGAUAUUACUGUAUGACACUACUGUCCAGUAUGCUUAUGAUGCCUCCUUGAAAUAUGAGGUAAAAGAAUAG